AUGGUGUUUUUGAUGGAGGUAGCAAGAUCAAUGAUGUUCCACACGAAUGUUCCAAAAGGAUUCUGGAGUGAUGUUCUGAUGUCUGCUACUUAUCUGAUCAAUAGAACUCCAACUAAAGUCUCACCACCUUCAAUGGAAGAGGCUUUCAACAAGGAAGGAAACCUUGGGAGUAAAAAGGCCAAGACUCCAUUAGAAGAAGGAUACAAGGUGCUGAGAGAGGGGGAGUAUGAGUCUACACCAUUUGGAUCACCAUUUGGAGAUAUCAAGAAAUAUAGAAGAAUGGUGGGCAAGCUCAUCUAUCUAACCAUCACCAGCCCAGAUGUGUGCUUUGCUGUGAAUCAUGUGAGUCAACACAUGGGAGCUCCUAAGGUGCAUCAUUGGAAUAUGGUGGAGAGGAUCUUAAGGUACCUAAGAGAAGCGCCUGGCCAAGGAGUAUGGAUGGCAUGUAACAAGAGUACUGAAGUUGUUGGGUAUUGUGAUGCUGAUUGGACUGGAGACAGAGAUGAUAGGAGAUCAAAUACAGGCUACUGCACCUUCAUUGGAGGAAACCUGGUCACAUGGAAGAGCAAGAAGCAGAAGGUGGUGUCUUGUUCAAGUGCUGAAGCAGAGUAUAGAGCAAUGAGGAAGCUUACUAGUGAGCUCAUUUGGAUCAUAAACUUACUAAAGGAUUUGGGCAUAGAGACAACAACACCAAUCACAAUGCACUGUGACAAUCAGGCGGCGAUACAUAUAGCAUAA